AUGUCUUACGACAGACCUGCCAUGCCUUUGCCAAACAAUAUGCGCAACGCACGCUUUGAUAGGCCGCCCGUUCCUCCACCUUACGUCGCGAGCAAGCCGCACAAUUCUGCCCCAGCUUUACCGCCUCGGCCACUGCCGUCAGCAACAUCUACUAACAAUGAGGACAUUUUGUGUAGUCUAAUUUCAAGAAUGCCAGCUUCAAUCCAAGCCGAUAACAUUUUUCAGUCUGCCAUCUCCACCGAUCAACCCCUUAGUGUCUUUUCAAGAGUCUCGCAUCCUGUACCUUUGCCAGCUAACACCACUACAAAUGGCAAAGCCACCGAAACCAACAAGUUCUACGGUAAUAUGAUGAUUGGCGACCAAACAAAUCCCGCUUGGACUCACCCUUACUCGUUUUUCUGGUCCAAAGAUUCUUAUUUUGGUAUGGCUGUCUCGUACAUUAACGCUUCCCAGAGAGUUUUUGGACCUAAUAGCCCACCUGAGUACUUCUUUGGUCCAGGCGGUAUCAAGUCAUUUGUGUUUGGUGCUGUCGACUUCACUUCCGCGGAUCAGAUGUCACUAGGCUUUACAAAUUUGACACAUUUGCAAGCCCAUGUUCAGGUAAAGAAAAACAAUAAUCAGUUUAUCUUGAUACCAUUGGUCCAAGGUAUGGGGUUCGCCACAGCGGUUUAUUACAACAUGAUUCCUCAAUUAUUUUCUGCCGUGGGUUACAAGAGUGUUGCUGGCGCAACCUCGCCUCGCUCCGGCAUUCAAAAGUACAAAAUUGUCCUACAAAACAAUGUUACUUGGUCCUUAUAUGUUACCGUCCCAUCAGGCCAAUCUUUGGCUUUAGCACUUGCUAAUAAUAAUCAGAUUGUCGGAAACAAAAGUGUAAAUGGAUGUAUCUUCCAACUUGUUCCAGAUACGAACUCAGCUAUUGAUGCUGCUGCUGGUUGCUACCCCAACAGUGGAACGUUGUCAGGUUCUGUAUCUGGAAGCACUGGCCAAUAUACGAUUGCUUACGGUUUAAGCGGCUCCAGUAAUGGUGGCAAGACUUUGAUGUACGCUUGUCCUCAUCAUGUCAAGUCAUUUACAUCCGCAAUGUCAAGUAAGAGAAUCAAUUCCAGCGUGGACUCUGUAACCAUGGGUCAAAUGACAGGUUAUUUAACUGACACUUUUGAAUUGCAGGUUAAUGUACCUUCAAACAUUGGCUUCGAUCCGUACUCUGCAAUUCCAGGCAAAUCGUCUCCCAAUUAUUCAAAUGACGUUCUAAAUGCCAUAAAAUCAGCAGCUCAGACUGAAGCUUUAGGCGAUGUUGUAAACGAAUCUAACGUUGACUCCAUGUAUUUCGGCGGUAAAAUUUUGGCUAAAUAUGCUUGGAUUCUUUACUGCUGUCAAUAUGUUAUAAAGGAUAGCAGUUUGGUACAGACGCUGACGAGUAAUUUGAAGAAUGCUUUUGGAAGAUUUAUUGGAAACACCCAGAUCUUGCCCUUGAGAUACGACACCACUUGGGGUGGAAUAAUUUCCUCUGGCCAAUCAACCCAAGAUUUUGGUAACUCCUAUUACAACGACCACCACUUCCAUUACGGAUAUCACGUUAUAGCCGCUGCUAUUCUUGCCAAAGUUGAUCGCGACAAUGGUGGCAACUGGUUGAGUCAAAAUAAAACUUGGGUCGACAAUCUAGUCAGAGAUUACUCUAACCCUAGCUCCUCAGAUUCCUAUUUCCCAGUGUUUAGAUCUUUCGAUUGGUUUGCAGGCCAUUCGUGGGCCAAAGGUCUAUUUCCUAGCGGGGAUGGUAAAGAUGAAGAAUCCAGUUCUGAGGAUGUCAAUGCCGCGUAUGCCAUCAAGUUAUGGGGUAAUGUAACAGGAAAUCAAAAUUUAGAAAGCAUUGGUAACUUAGAGCUCGGGAUCAUGAACGGAUCGCUCAACAGCUACUUUUUGUAUCUGGACAACAACACAGUCGAGCCUUCUCAAAUUAUUCCCAACAAAGUAAGUGGAAUUCUAUUCGAGAAUAAGAUCGAUCACACAACAUAUUUUGGAACUGAGCUGCAGUACAUUCAAAUGAUUCACGCCAUUCCUAUAACUCCUAUGUCUGGAUUCAUACGGUCUCCCGUGUUUGUUCAACAAGAAUGGGUUGAGAAGCUAGCUGCCAUCGUCAACAACGUAGAAGACGGCUGGAGAGGUAUUUUAAUGUUAAACAGAGCUUUGAGUGAUCCACUAUCCUCUUACAGUUUUUUUGUCGGCAGCACCUUUAGCACAAAUUAUUUGGAUAAUGGACAAAGUAAAACCUGGUCCCUAACGUAUUCAGGUGCGUUCUCCUGA